AUGUCCACACCUGAGCAGCGUUUUCGGUUGACCUUCUUGCUCCUCUGGAGCUUGCAGUCAGCAGUCCACGGAUUCGGGAUAAAUCUAAUGAAGGUUCAGCCCGAGGACAAAAGACAGGAGGCUUGUAUCCUUGCAUUGCUUCGGAAAUAUUUCGAUUCCGUGGAUGGACUUUCCGGCUCAGUGCUCUGUUUCAAUCGCAACAAUCAGUUGCACAACAUUCAGGAGCAAUUGCUGAAGGGCAUUAACUCAAAUGGGAAGUAUCCUUGGAGCCUUAUGAUAACGAAUUUCAGAGAGGGUCCCCCAUCAUCGUCGUUUCUUAUGAACGAAAAGCCGCAGUGCUAUUUCAUCAUUGUCGAGAGUCUGGAAGACGAAGAUCUCGACGAGAUAUUUGAGCAAUGGAGAAACAUGGUGAACUGGAAUCCCCUGGCCCAAUUUGUGGUUUAUAUGGCCAGCUUGGAGGAAACAGACGAAGAGAUGACGGACCUUAUGGUGGAAUUGCUUCUUACCUUCAUGAACAAGAAGAUAUUUAAUGUGAAUGUGAUUGGGCAGAGCGAAGAAAAUGAGUUUUUCUACGGGAAAACCGUUUUCCCCUACCAUCCGGACAAUAACUGUGGAAAUCGUGUGAUAUCUAUUGAAUUACUCGAUGCCUGUGAUUAUCCUGGGGAAGAAAAGGAGUAUAAGGAUGGCGAGGAGGAGGAUGAUGAGGAAAACGAAGACACUGAUAACAGUCAGGAAAAUGACGAUGAAAAUGGUCAAGAAGAGGAGGUAGCAAGAAAUAGCAAGGAAAGUGGAGAAACUUAUAUGGACACUGAACAAAGUAAAGAGCAAAACAAUGGUGACGAAAAUAAAACUGAAAAUUCAACUGAGAUUAAUAAUGAAAGUGAAGCUAUUGGAUCAUCUGAAAACGAAACAGAUGAUGAGGAACUAGAUAAUAAUUCAAAUUCAAACUCCUCAGAACCGGAGGCUACGAUCGAGGAGUUCUGCCGCGCAAAAUUUGAGGAUAAGUUCCCUCGCGAUCUCAGUGGAUGUCCUCUGGUAGCUUCCUUUCGUCCUUGGGAACCGUACAUUUUUCGCAGCAGUGAAGAGGAACCAGUGGAGGAUUACUACUAUGGUUUGAACGGGAACGAAGAUGACUACAAUGAGACAGUUCCCAGUUACGGGGAAUCAAAUGAUGAAAGCUAUGGUGAUCCGGAGGAGGAGGACGGAAGUCACAGCGCUGACUCAGAUGCACAGACCGCUAAAAAAAUCAAACUAAGUGGAAUAGAGUACGAAAUGAUGCAGACCAUUGCAGAGCGACUCCACGUUAACAUUGAAAUGCAGAGCGAAAACAACAAUUUGUAUCAUCUUUUUCAGCAACUAAUUGAUGGGGAAAUCGAGAUGAUUGUUGGAGGAAUCGAUGAGGAUCCGAGCAUAAGCCAGUUCGUAUCCAGUUCGAUUCCAUAUCUCCAGGAUGAACUCACUUGGUGUGUGGCAAAGGCUCAACGUCGCUAUGGCUUCUUCAAUUUCGUGGCCACCUUUAAUGCAGACGCAGGAAUCCUGUUCGGACUCUUUGUAAUCACCUGCUCUCUAAUGGUUUUGGUGGCUCAACGCGUUUCUAGAUUACGGCUACGUAAUCUUAGUGGAUAUAUUCCUAUUUGCUUGAGGGUGCUAGGGAUUUUGUUUAACCAGGCCAUCCCAGUUCAGAAUUUUUCCAUAACGUUGAGGCAACUAUUUGGACUCUCCUUUUUUAUGGGCUUUUUCUUCAGUAAUACUUACCAGAGUUUUUUGAUAAGCUCACUUACCAAUCCCCGGAGUUCCUAUCAAAUUCAGACUCUCGAAGAGAUCUACUCCCAUCGAAUGACAAUCAUGGGGACAUCCGAACACGUUCGACACUUGAACAAAGAAGGGGAGAUUUUCAAGUACAUUCGCGAAAAGUUCCAGAUGUGCUAUAAUUUGGUGGACUGCCUUAAUGAUGCCGCUCAUAAUGAACAUAUUGCAGUGGCAGUUUCCCGGCAGCACUCUUUUUAUAAUCCUCGCAUCCAACGAGAUCGCCUCUACUGUUUCGAUAGAAAGGAAUCUUUGUAUGUCUAUCUGGUGACUAUGCUGCUACCGAAGAAGUACCAUCUGCUUCACCAGAUUAACCCGGUGAUCCAACACAUCAUCGAAUCGGGACAUAUGCAAAAGUGGGCUCGCGACUUGGAUAUGCGGCGAAAGAUCCACGAGGAGAUCAAUCGAGUGCGCGAGGAUCCUUUCAAGGCCCUGACUUUUGAUCAAUUUCGUGGAGCUUUCGCUUUUUCCGCCGGACUUUUGAUGGUGGCCAGUUGCGUCUUUCUCAUCGAGGUCUGCCACGCAAAGUGGGUUCGAAGAUCUAAAAAAAGAAGAUUGACUAAAAAUAAACGCAAGAAGCCGCAGUAA